ACAGCCUUAAUUUAUAAGGCAAACCGCUUCCAGUUCCGGCCCCCUUCUACACUUGACUUGUGCAUCAUAUCAUAAAUUAGUGAGUGCAGUAGUGCUACCUCUCUCUCUUUUUGUCCAACUCCAAACACACCCCCACCCACACCUAAUAUGGAGAAUUUGUGGUCCUCCUCCCCAACUCCAACUCUACUACUCAUCAUACCAUUUUUCCUUCUCUUUAACUUGAAAGAAAUGGGAUGCUCUCCCUCUGUCACACACCCGAAGCUCCACCACUUUCAACCCAAGCUUCUACGUAAAACCACUACUUCUCUCACUAGUUUUGUUAAAGCAGCUUUUACGGAUUCUCCGCCACCCCCAGUUUCGGUCAAGAGCAGUGGCAGAGUGUUUUAUCCCAUCGGCUACGGUGCUGAUCCCACUGGGGCUCAGGACAGCACCUCCGCCCUAUUGGACGCCUUAAACGACGCCCUAAAACUACAAAAUGGGCUUGAGUUGCUACCUGGAAUCAGUGAUUUGGGUGGUGUAGUAAUUGAUUUGCAAGGUGGGAAUUUCAAAAUCAGCAGUCCUAUCAGGUUUCCCGCUGCCGUUGCCAACAUUGUGGUACAAGGAGGCACCCUCCGGGCAUCCAGCACAUUUCCAAGCGACAGGCAUCUGAUCGAACUAUGGGCACCAGAUUCUCGAAAAGCCUCUGCCCCGGAUACUUUUUCAGACAGCAAGGACUUUAACAACGGAAUGAAAUACGAGGACGUCACUUUUCGGGAUAUCCUCUUCGAUUCGAGCUACCAAGGAGGAGGUCUCCUCUUGAUAGACUCGGUCAGAAUUCGAGUAGUCAACUGCUUCUUCUUGCACUUCAGCACGCAAGGAAUUCUUGUCUUGAGAGGACACGAGGCUUUCAUAUCAAGUUGCUUCCUAGGACAGCACCCGACAAUCGGCGGAGACAGAGUGGAGAAGGGUUACACGGGCACCGCAAUUGAUAUUGCCAGUACGGACAAUGCAGUGACUGAUGUUGCCAUCUUCUCAGCCGCAAUUGGGAUUAUACUCAGGGGACGGGCUAAUAUUGUGAGCGGGGUUCAUUGUUACAACAAGGCGACAUUGUUUGGUGGUGUUGGAAUUCUAGUAAAAUCAGCACAGAAUAGGAUAGUGGAUUCUUACAUGGAUUUCAAUAGCAUAGUGAUGGAGGAUCCUGAUCAAGUGCUUGUUUCGAAUGGGUUCUUUUUGGGGGAUGGAAAUAUUGUUUUGAGGUCGAUUCAGGGUCGGAUUUCGGGUCUAAAUAUUGUGAAUAAUAUAUUCUGUGGGGACGCUAACAAUAUGGUUCCAACUGUGAAACUUGAAGGCGUAUUCAGCAGCAUUGAUCAAGUGGUGAUUGAUGACAAUGUAGUGAAUGGGAUGAGCUUAAAAUCAACGGUAUCCAAAUUGACAGUGGUGGGGAAUGGGACAAAAUGGGUAGCCGAUUUCUCUCCCGUCUUGGUGUUUCCUGAUAAAAUAAAUCACGUUGAGUACUCCUUCUUCACAAGAGGAGGAGUUGCAGCUGGAUUUCCUGCACAUGCUGUGACAAAUGUGUCAAAUAACAUGGUUGUUAUCGAAAGCCAACAACCAGUGAAGGCCCUUGUUUCUAUUUCUGUUGAUCAGCAUAAUAUGAUGGGGGAUCAGGGAAGCUUCGUAAUGUGAGAAAUCUCAAUGUGUGUGCGUGUGCAGAGAGUAACUUUCAAUAAACAAAACUUGUUUUCAAUUUUCAUCUUAAUUCCUCCAAUUAAAAGUUUGCUAUGAAUAUUUAAUACUACUGCUACAUCUAAACCUAGUCUAACAAAUACUGUAAUAGAUAUUUAAAAGAAGAAAACGAAAAAGAGGGAGAUUUGGGAAUUUUCAAACAGGAUGGUAAUCACCGUUCCAGAAUGGCUGUGGGAUUCUGAGCUCAGUUUAAAUGACAUUUCUCAAGAUUUCUUUAUUCAAAGUAGGAUAAUAUUUGAUGAGAGUAGCAUUAUCAGAUUGGGAAAUGGGAAAUGGGAAAUAAGAGAUGGUGGGUGAUGGCAAUCACAGUGCCAGUUUCAAUAAUGUUUGGUUGGAUUUUCCAUGGAUCAGGCCCAGAUGACCCAAGUAUAGACGGGCUUAGUCGCAUUUGUUGAAUCUCGUUGGAUUUUUUUAUGUACAAGGAUUACGAUGAAGACCAUUUCUAAGUUGGGGGAAGGUGCUACGUUGAUUUAUAAUCUCAUAAUAUUAUUUACUGCUCUCCUCAUCAAAU